UAUAUUAGAUGGUGUCUAAAAAUGAAAAUAGACAAAUAGUCUGGGACGGAGCUAGUAAAAUUCGUACUGUAUUUUGGAAUGGUAGGAAAAAGAAAGUAAAAAAUUUACUCCAUAUUUUUGAAAGAAAAUUGGGCAACUGUGAACCCUAAACAGUCAGCUUCCGCAGUCCCCUUCAUCUCUUCAAACUUUCUUGUUUUCGCCUCCAUCUCUCGCCGUCAUUACCGUGCCCCGCCACCAAUCACCGCCCAUCCUCGAUGCCGGACCUAACGACCACUCGGCGCCGUCGAUCUAAGGGUAAGAGUGAAAUUGCCAAAGGAGUUGAUGAAUGCAAUGACGAUUCGAGUGAGCCAACUAUGGGCGAAAAACUUGCGAGUCUUAAUCUGGUUAGUGUCAAUGAAGUCAAAGAACCUUCGGCAGAAGCGAAGCCUCCAAGUGCAGAUUCAAUUCAUGUACUGCUUAAACAAGCACUGAACGCCGACGAUCGUGCCCUUCUGAUAGAUUGCUUGUUCAGACAAGACGAGAAGGUAAUCACAAACUCUGUUGCUUCACUAAAUCCUUCUGAUGUUAUCAAGCUUUUGAAGUCCCUUGUUUCCAUAAUUCAGUCAAGGGGUGCUCUAUUGGCUUGUGCUCUUCCUUGGUUGAGAAGUGUACUUCUUCAACAUUCAAGUGGAAUAAUGUCUCAAGAAUCUUCUUUCAUUGCUCUCAAUUCUUUAUAUCAGCUCACCGAAUCCCGCGUCUCUACUUUUAAUCAAGCUCUUCAGCUAUCAAGUAGCUUGGAUUUGCUCUAUGCCAGAACGAUUGGCUAUGGCUCAGAUGAAGAUGAUGCUGUAGCCCCUGUUGUCUAUCAAGACAGCGAAGGUGAUGAUGAUGGAGGUGAAAGUGAUGAAGAUGAAGAGGAUGGAUCUGUUGUUUCCAUGGAAACAGAAGGCAAUGCUGAGAACCAAGAACCUCACGUGUUCAGUGACAACAGCGAUUUCGAAUGAAUCAGUAAAGUUGGACUUGGAAUCAGGCACGUCGGGAACCAUAGAUUUAUGUCAGGGCAGAUUUUGAAAUGAGAAAAAAAUGAAAAAGCUCAUGUGUGAAAACAUGUUCUAGGCCCUAUAUUUGGUUUUUGAGUAGUAACUUUGUUAUAAAACUGGUACUAAAUUUGAUUUUUCAUGAUCAAGAGUGCAAAACUUUGAUAAUGAGUACAUAUUUGUAUACUCAAUUAAUUUUAUAAAAUUUC